UGUGUAUAUAGACCCCCAAACAGAAAAAGGAAAUUCUUUAUAUGAAUUAAUUUUAGGAAUAUCGUGGUUGGGUAAGUAGAGGGAACAACUCAAAGAUACAAACUUGAAGUAAGGGAGAAACUUGUUGGCAUGCCUAACACUGAUAAGAAUCCACAAGAUUUUCUGGAAGCUUUCUUUUUUCCUCCUUUUACUAUAAGCAACAUUUCACUGAACAGGAUGUUACAUUUUAAACCUCGGCAUUUUAACAGUAUAUGUCUGCAGUGAGAGCAAUGUUUAACAAAGACAGGGAAAUUACUGUGUCGGAGCUACAACUGGCUGACGUACUGCAGCUGAGCUUAUUGAGGUUAACUAACCACAGAUCUUUUUAAUCUGCAUGCGAGCUCGCGAGAGGGCUGUUCCAGAGGAGCUUUAUUUCAGUAUUUAUUUCUAACUUCCUUAUUCUACUUUAAAAUACUGAUGUCGGGUUUAUCUCAACGUUAGUGUACCUGUCAUUUUCUGGACAAAACAACGGUGCUUGUUUAGUGUUGUCUUUCUUGUACAGUUUAACUUUACCUCAGGUCAAUACGAGAAAUGCCACGGAGCCUGUACGGAAAUAAAACUCCGCUCUAACAUACAUGGGGGACAAUGUAGACUUCAAGGCCUUGAGGGCCAAAUUUCAUACUCAAGCAGAAAGGGUCACGUCUAGUGCCGGUGCUUACUCCAGGCCUCACACGGGUGGUCAUUUGCCAGAGACGUCAGAUAAUGGACUGGUCCGAAGCAAGCUUCCACCUGCAGCUCCAAAGCCAGUGCUUCCACUGAACCCCAGCUCUGAACCCAAGAGAUUUAGCCAGAGUCCCCAGGGACUGUUUCCCAGACCUCCACCCUCUCAUCGUGUAGGACCUAAAGAGGAUCCUCAACCGCCUGUCAAUGACACUGAGAAUGCAAGGAAAGUAAAACUGACAGGAGAAUUUCUCCAGAACCAGAUGCGGCAACAUCUUGAGAAGAAGCCCCAGUCAUUUCCCAGACCACUACUGCCAAGCCAGAGGAGCAUGUCAGAGGUAGCUCCCCUGAGAAAACCACUUCCCAAUGUUGGCCAACGACCUGCAAAGCCCAAACGACCUCCGGCUCUCCGGCUGGAUCAUUUUCACGUAAAGGGUGCAGGCUUUCAACCCACCGUCUGUCCAGAUACUAAAACACCUGAGGGGCCACCACGACCACCAAAAACUAAUUUGUUGUCUGCAACACCGCCCAUUAAACAGCGAAACAUUGAACCUGAACAGGACACAUACGAUGACAUCGAUUUGCCCCCACCUCCACCACCACCUCCAAAACCAUCUUCCAGUGAAUCAUGGACAAGCAGUUUCUCAUCUCAGGCUGAUGAGGAGAGUGAUCAGAGUGAAAUUUAUGAGCCUGUUGAGGAUCAGGAGAAGAUUGCACGGCCUGUGGUCUUGGAGAAGAAAAAACUGAAAGAACACAAACGACAGCAAGAAGUGGAAAAGAGAGAGCAAAAAGAGAAGCUGAAAAAAGAAAACGAGUAUCGAAAAAAAUUCAAACUGACUGGAGAAGUCGAGGUGAUCCAUACAGCUCGGGUGAGGGAGGACUGGCAAGGCGGGAAGAACGAUCUGCGUGUGCGGCAGGGAGAGUUCGUGGAGAUUGUGCGUGUGAAAAACAACCCUGAGGGAAGAUGGCUGGCCCGAAACAUGAGUGGGGAAUAUGGAUAUGUCAGUAACACGUGUGUAAAUGUGGAUUAUGAAGAAAUCAAGCGAAAGGUCCGCAGUGAAACUGCACUUCCUCCUCCUCUCCCUCCUCCUGUCCACGAGGACGAAGAUGUCUACGAUGAUGUCGGCGCAGACCCACAAAACAACAGCCUAAAUGUGAGCGGAGAGAUAUAUGAUGAUAUUGAUCAUCCCAUACCAGACGACUUCCCUCUGCCCCCUCCGGAGUUUUGCCAAGACCCUAAAAAAAACAAGAAGCUAGAGAAGGAGGAAAAGGAGUUCAGGAAAAAGUUCAAGUUUGAAGGCCCCAUCCAAGUUCUUUGCUGCAUGAUGGUGGAUCCAAAUGCCAUCAUCAAGAAGGGCAGUGGGAAGGACCUGACUGUGGUGAAGGGCGAAAUUCUUGAAGUCAUUCAGCAGACUAAUGAGAAGAAAGUACUCUGUCGGAAUGAACAGGGCAAAUAUGGAUAUGUUCACAGACAUUACCUUCUACAUGAGGAAAAUGAAAUAUAUGAUGACAUUGACAACGUGACAGAUAUUUAUGAUAAUGAUGUCAGUGGACCAGCGCCACUGCGGUCUUGACAGCCAUCAACAGUACUAUAACGGAGAAGAUGGAUACUUCCUCACGCUUGAGGACAUGAGGACAGGAUGAAGGAUCAUGAGAACCAUUCAAGAAAAUGUUGUACAUUGAAGAAAUAAAUAUAUGUUUUUACUAAGCUGUGAUAUUUUACAUUCUUACAUUUCAUAUUACUAACAGAAAUGAGCAAUAACCUAGUACUAAUUUUACUUCAUAAUUGCAGAACAUAUAGUCCCAUGAACAAAUUGCAAAUGUCCUUCUGUUUUAUUAGCAUGUCCUGAUGAAAAACAAACAUACUUUUGUCACAGUUGAUGUUAUUAAACAGAAAACUAUCACAUAAGGCUUGGGAAAGAACUGAUUGCUUCCAUAAGGUCACUGGGGGCCAAGCAUUUUUGAAGCAACACCAUCUUGAAUAUAAAACUAUACAUUUUAGAAAAGAUCCCUUACAGAAAAACCACGUGAAUUUCACACGUGAUCACAUGUGGUAACAUGUGGAAUACAUGGUAUCAGAUUUUGUAACGUGUUACCACAUAGAGCACAUGUGGAAAACAUGUGAAGUUCAUGUGGUUUUUCUGUAAGAGAUAACAGACAUUAUUGUGUGAACAUAGAAUAAAAGAAUUUGACAAAA